AUGGAAGAUGAAGAGGGAUACAUGGUGUUAAAGCCCCGAUCAUGGAAUGAAGCCUCCACACAGCUUCAGAGGACUGAAGGUGUUCCCGAAUGGUCUAAACAGUCCAAAAUAUCUGUAGGGAUAUUAGGAGCAAUCUGUGGCUUUCUGGGACUGGCUUUGAUUGGGUUCACUGGUUUGUCAUUAAUAGAGUCUUAUAACUUACGUAUCACUUCUGGUCAAGGCUUCUGGUUUCUCAGUAAAGAAACUGUAGUGGACCCGGAUGGCACCAAGAAUGGAACAAGAAUCCUGCAAGGUCCAAAGAGAAGGGAAAGCAGUACCUGUACUGAGGAUAUCGUUGCUCACUUGUGUGAGCCAUUUACGGGGAAUUCCAAGUGUAAACUCUGUCCUAUCAACUGGACUUCACUGAAGGAAAAGUGCUACUGGGUUUCCAAAGACAAAAAGAAUUGGCUUUGGGCCUACAGCGACUGUACCAGAAAGAGAGCUCAAAUGCUUGUGGUGUUGGACUUGGAAGAAAUGGUGUUCAUACAGAACAUCAUUGAAGAGAACUAUCCUGUUUGGAUAGGACUUAAUUUUACAUCUCGCAGCAAGAACUGGACUUGGCUAGAUCAAUCAGUGUUAGAUCAAAACUUACCGAUGACCACAGCCCACCUCUGUGCUCCGGUGGCUGGGGCUGUUUCGCCCGAAGGCGCUUUCAACUUUGGUGUAAAAGACAAAGGGUAA